UCCAGUGUUUCAGUGUAUCGGAUGUUAGUGUAUGAGAAGAGUAGCUGGCGGUGUGUUCAUAGCACGGCUGACUCGUCCACAAUGGCGCUUUGGACAGGCAGUACCCUCUCCCCUUUAUCAUUAACGAUGGGAGUGCUCGUCAUUACCACUUUCUCUCAGCCCGUUCUUUCGUGCCCGAGCCGAUGUUUGUGUUUUCGUACCACCGUCAGAUGCAUGCAUCUAAUGUUGGAAACUGUACCUGCUGUCUCUCCUCAGACUACCAUCCUGGACUUGAGAUUUAACAAAAUAAAGGAGAUUCAACCAGGCUCUUUCAGGCGUCUUAAAAAUCUCAACACACUGCUGUUGAAUAAUAAUCAUAUAAGAAGAAUUCCAAGAGCUGCAUUUGAAGAUCUGGAAAACCUUAAAUAUCUCUAUUUGUACAAGAAUGAAAUCCAAUCAAUUGACAGACAAGCAUUUAAGGGACUUGUCUCUCUAGAACAACUGUACCUGCACUUCAACCAGAUAGAAACCUUGGAGCCAGAAUCAUUUACUCACCUUCCAAAGCUUGAACGACUAUUUUUGCACAACAACAGAAUAACACAUUUAGUACUGGGGACAUUCUCACAUUUGCAGGCCAUGAAGAGGCUACGUUUAGAUUCCAAUACUCUGAACUGCGACUGCGAGCUCCUCUGGUUGGCUGAUUUGCUGAAGCAGUACGCAGAGUCUGGAAAUGCACAGGCUGCUGCUACUUGUGAGUAUCCCAGCAGACUGCAGGGAAGGUCUGUCGCCACUCUCACAGCUGAGGAGCUCAACUGCGAGAUACCAAGAAUUACUUCAGAGCCCCAAGAUGUUGACGUUACCUCAGGAAACACUGUGUACUUCACCUGCAGAGCAGAAGGAAACCCUAAACCGGAAAUUAUCUGGCUAAGGAAUAACAAUGAAUUGGACAUGAGGGAUGAUUCUCGUCUGAAUUUACUUGAAGAUGGUACUCUGAUGAUCCAGGACACCCGAGAGACAGAUCAGGGAGUUUACCAGUGCAUGGCUAAAAAUGUGGCAGGAGAGGUGAAAACUUCACAGGUCACUCUUCGAUACUUUGGGGCACCAUCGCGGCCAAGCUUCGUCAUCCAGCCCCAGAACACCGAGGUGCUGGUGGGGGAGAGUGUGACCCUGGAAUGCAGCGCCGCAGGGCAGCCUCAUCCGCGCAUCUCGUGGACCAAGGGGGACAGGACACCGCUGCCCACGGACUCCCGCAUCGCUAUCACCUCUUCUGGAGGCCUCUACAUACAAAACGUCAAUCAGGCCGACGCGGGACAGUACACGUGUUUUGCAAGCAAUAAUGUUGACACCAUUCAUGCCACAGCCCAAAUCAUAGUACAAGCCAUACCUCAAUUUACUGUAACACCUCAAGACCAGACUGUGUUGGAAGGGCACACUGUGGACUUUGUCUGCGCAGCACAAGGAAAUCCCCAGCCAGUCAUUGCCUGGACGAAAGGAGGGAGCCUGUUGCCAGCAGACAGGAGACAUGCUGUCCUCUCGAGUGGAACUCUAAGAAUUGCCCGAGUAGCUCUCCAUGACCAAGGCCAGUAUGAAUGCCAGGCUGUCAACCCUGUGGGCUCUGUAAGAACCAUUGCUCAGCUAACCAUACAGCAAAGAGUAACGCCUGUUUUCACAAAUGCUCCAAGGGACAUGACGGUGGAUUCUGGCAAUGAUGUGCAAAUUCCAUGCCGUGCUCAGGGAGAGCCCGAGCCAGUGAUUACAUGGAACAAGGAAGGUGUACAAAUUACAGAAAGUGGGAAGUUUCACAUAAAUCCUGAGGGAUUCCUGGAGAUUCAGGAUGUGGGGCUUGCAGAUGAGGGCCGAUACGAGUGUGUUGCUAGGAGCACCAUUGGAUACUCAUCUGCCAGUAUGGUGCUGACCGUCCAGGUUCCUCAGAUCAGCCGAAAUGGAGAUCCAUAUGUUGUGCCUUCAAUUAGGGAAGCCAUACAGUCUGUUGAUAGUGCUAUCGACUCUACUAGGAGACAUCUGUUUGACAGUAAUCCCAGAACCCCAAGUGACCUUUUGGCUCUGUUUCGGUACCCAAGAGACCCUUACACAGUAGAACAGGCGAGAGCUGGAGAAAUCUUUGAGCAAACAUUACUGCUCAUUCAAAGACAUGUUAACCAAGGACUCAUGGUUGACACCAAUGGCACAGCUUUUCGCUACAACGAUCUGGUGUCUCCGAGGUUCCUUGACAUGAUUGCCAACCUGUCCGGCUGCACAGCUCACAGGCGGUACAAUAACUGUUCUGACAUCUGUUUCCAUCAGAAAUACCGCAGCCACGACGGCACAUGCAAUAACCUGCAGCACCCCAUGUGGGGUGCCUCGCUGACUGCCUUUGAGCGCCUCCUAAAGUCUGUCUACGAUAAUGGCUUCAAUUUGCCAAGGGGGGCCACUGAGAGGCAGCACAAUGGCUUCUCGCUGCCUCUCCCCCGUUUGGUCUCCACGACAAUGAUCGGGACUGAGACAAUAACUCCCGAUGAUCGCUACACCCACAUGCUUAUGCAGUGGGGGCAGUUUCUGGACCAUGAUCUUGACUCUACAGUGGUGGCGCUGAGCCAGUCCAGGUUUUCGGAUGGGCAGCUGUGCAGUUCUGUUUGCACCAAUGACCCUCCCUGUUUCCCCAUCAUGUUUCCCCCCAACGACCGCAGGACGUUGAGAAACGGGGCCCGUUGUAUGUUUUUCGUGCGCUCUAGUCCUGUGUGUGGCAGCGGCAUGACCUCACUUCUCAUGAAGUCCGUCUUCCCCCGAGAGCAGAUCAACCAGCUGACAUCCUACAUCGAUGCCUCUAAUGUCUAUGGGAGCUCUCAUCAUGACUCUGAGGAGAUCAGGGACCUUGCCAGUCAGAGGGGCCUAUUGCGCCAGGGCAUAGUGCAGAGGUCUGGCAAGCCCCUUCUUCCCUUUGCCACUGGCCCUCCCACAGAGUGCAUGAGGGAUGAGAACGAGAGCCCCAUCCCCUGCUUUUUAGCGGGAGAUCACCGGGCCAACGAACAGCUCGGCUUGACUGCAAUGCACACUGUGUGGUUCAGAGAGCAUAACCGGAUAGCCUCGGAGCUCCUGCGGCUCAACCCCCACUGGGAUGGGGACACCAUCUACCACGAAGCUCGCAAGAUUGUAGGAGCCCAGAUGCAACACAUCACUUACAAUCACUGGUUGCCCAAGAUCUUAGGAGAGGUUGGACUAAAGAUGCUGGGAGACUACAAAGGCUACAACCCGAAUGUCAAUGCCGGAAUUUUUAAUGCCUUUGCCACAGCCGCUUUCCGUUUCGGCCACACUCUUAUCAACCCCAUCUUGUAUCGACUUGAUGAGAACUUUGACCCUAUUCCGCAGGGACACAUCCCUCUUCACAAAGCCUUCUUUUCUCCCUUCAGGAUUGUUAAUGAAGGGGGCAUCGACCCCCUUUUGCGAGGGCUGUUUGCCGUUGCAGGGAAAAUGAGAGUUUCUACCCAGCUGCUCAACACAGAGCUAACAGAGAGGCUUUUCUCAAUGGCUCACACCGUCGCACUGGACCUGGCUGCCAUGAAUAUUCAAAGAGGCAGAGACCAUGGCAUCCCGUCUUACAAUGAUUACAGGGUGUUCUGCAAUCUGUCUUCUGCACAUACCUUUGAGGAUCUGAAGAAUGAAAUAAAAAAUCCUGAUGUGAGGGAAAAACUUCAGCGACUUUAUGGUAUACCACUGAAUAUUGACUUGUUCCCAGCAUUAAUGGUUGAAGACCUGGUACCUGGUAGUAGACUUGGACCCACACUGAUGUGUUUGCUAGCAACACAGUUUAAACGUCUCAGAGAUGGGGACAGGUUCUGGUAUGAAAACCCUGGUGUGUUCACCCCAGGCCAGGUGACGCAGAUCAAACAGACUUCCCUGGCCCGAAUUGUGUGCGACAACAGUGACAACAUCACAAAAGUGCAGCCUGAUGUCUUCACGGUGGCGGAGUUCCCUCAUGGAUAUGUGAGCUGCGAUGACAUCCCCAGAAUGGACCUGAGAAUGUGGCAAGACUGCUGUGAAGACUGCAGGACCAAAGGGCAGUUCAAUGCACUGUCCUUCCAUUUCCGAGGAAAACGGUCAGUAGACUUCAGCUUUGCAGAGGACAGUCCCUCCAGAAGUGAGAAGAAAGAGAAUAUUUAUAGCCAUGUGGACGACAAUUUAAAAAACCACAGAAAUCACACAGUUGCACUGAAGCCUGUACAGCAAAGCACUGAACCCACAAUAAAUGACUUUCAAGACUUUGUUUUAGAUAUGCAAAAGACUAUCUCAAGUCUGCGCAAGCAGAUAAAGAAACUUGAAGCUCGUGUGAGUAAAACCGACUGCACUGAUGAAAAGGGGAGAGAACGAUCCUGCAUGGAAAAGUGGAAAAGGGACUCUUGUACUACAUGCGAGUGCAAAGAUGCCCAGGUCACAUGUUUUGUGGAGACUUGUCCUCCAACAGAGUGCCAGAGGCCCGUGAAGCUAAAAGGAGCAUGCUGUCCUGUAUGCAUGGAAACGUCAGCAAGCCACAGAGAGAAAGUAUAAAGCCAGUAUUUUCCAGAUUUUCCAUAGAUCUAAAAGUGACCUGCAAGUGUGCAAUCGCCAGUGUCCAAUUGUCUCAUCAUUUUUUUUUCGUUGUUUUUUUAAUUACCGUAAGCUGCCUAUGUAGACCACUGUUUGGAUUUGGUGGUUAAAAAGCAGGUACAAUGCAUAAAACUUCAAGACAGGCAUGCAAUGAUCCACAAACGUUCCAGGGUAUCUUGAGACCUUUAUCUGAUUUUUAGUUUAUAUGCUUUUACUUUCUUUAAAGAUGGUAAGAGGGAAUCUAACUGCAACAAGUAUGAAAAGGAAGUAGGCAGUUAAAUUGACAGGGUGAUUGUCUACCAUGUUGUGUUGUCAAGCUUUCUCAGGUUAGAGAUGCCAAAAAAUGGUGCUACUUUUUUCCCUCAUUAACAGUGUAGCUAUAAAGUACAACCUUAAAAGUAUUUGUUUUUUUAAGAUAUGCAAAGCUUCAUAUACAGUAUACACGAUGCGCCUUUACUCUUCAAAUACAUUUGAGAGAUAUUUUUAAUUUCUCUGAAGACAUUUUACAUAUAAAGUUACUAGUAACUUCAGCUUUUACUAAACGUUCAAGGUGCUUAUAUAUGCCUUCCCUUUAUAUUACCUGCAUACAAAUGAAGAUAAUGUGAAGACUUAAAAAUAUUUUUUAUCCAAAAAUGCCUACUGAUCACUUAAUGUAAUUUUUUUUCCAAGGACAACUGUUGGUUAACUAACAUCUGAUGUUGUGAUUGUUUUAUUGUUUUUGUAGUGACAUAAACAGAUUUUCACAAUUUGGAAUAUUUUCAUAUGUGGCCUGACUACUCUUCUGACAAGCUGAACUGCCCCAUCGGCAAGUUAAAGGCUUUUUGUACAUUUUAUUCUCUUUUUUUAUUGCUUGUGUGUUUGUUACAGACUUACCAAAACAGUAUUUACUUUUGCUGUACCGAUUACAUAAGUUACAGUCUCUCUUUUAUGCACUUACAAGAUGGGCUUUUAUAACUACAUUGAAGGACACUGGUCAUACCUCAGAACAGGUUAUUACUUUGUACUUCUUUAUAUCACAGUUUAUUUCUGUGUCAGGAACAAUUUAAAGUGACUAAUUUAAUGUAUAGACAAGGAACAUUGGUGCUUUUUCCACAAUCAACUUUAAACUGUCAGUAGUAUUUUUUUCUUGUCUGCCUAUUGCAGGGGCAACACUCCUAAUUGAGAAAACAUGCUUCCUCAGGUACAGACUGCAGGAAGAACUGGAACAUUAAGUUGUAUGCAAAAUUCUAAUGAAAAAAGCAAUUGUCUGUAAAGCUUUUUAUGAACAUACAAUGUGUAUUAAAUAUUUUUAAACCAA